CUCAUUGGUCGAGGGAUUUGAUAGACAGCUAAUCGCUCCGCCCACUCUUCCGGAACACUCCAUUGACCAUCAUGGCGCUCGCAAGAAGUGUCUACAAUCUGCUCUUCAGAAGAACGUCAACUUUCGCCAUCACCAUCAUGGUGGGAGCUGUUGUCUUCGAGAGGGUGUUUGAUCAGGCUGGAGAAGCGGUAUUUGACAACAUAAAUCGGGGGAAACUCUGGAAACACAUCAAACACGGUUAUGAGCAGAAGGAUGAAGAAUAAUGAUGCAGCUUGUGAAGCGUUCACUCUACCAUCAUCCCGUUUCCUGAUGUGACCCUGUCGGAUGGUCCACUGGCUUUUGCAGCGUCCUCUGGCCGCCGUGUUUCAUCUUCCAGCCAGAUUGUCCUGGGGACAUAGACAGAGACUGAUUACCGAACCCUGAUCAAAUGUCACGUGACCACCUGUUAUUGUGCGAUAUGUCACAUACUUCAUGAUCUGUAAAUGUGUUGCUAACUUAAUUCUGUAUGAAUAAACCCAAUGACUCAGA